AUGGAAAUUAGAUCACGUACGGAAAAUCAUCUACAAAAUGCUUUAUAUCAUAGAUCAGAUAUUAGAGAUACAGAUCCUCAACAUAACCAAGGUGAUGUUGAAUUAUUAGCACAAAUUGGUUAUAAACAACAAUUGAAUCGUCAUUAUAGUACAACUCGAGUUUUUGGUAUUGCAUUUUUAAUUAUGUGUUUAUUACAAUGUAUAUCGAGUAUGGUUCAAAUGGUUUAG